GUGUGUGUUUUUCCUGAGCAGUUGAGACACACCUGAGCAGCGCGCACUAAGGAGCGGCUCGGAUCAGAGCUUCAACGUUUGUCCACGCGCCAGGACGCAGCGGAGCGUCUCCAACUGAAAGAAGGUCUGAAAAUGUUCCGGCUCUGCUCUUCCUCACCUCUCUCCCUCCUCCUCCUCCUCCUGUCGGUCUCGCGGCCCAGCUGGGCCUCGGACUGCAGCGACAGGUUCCGCUCAGGUGAGGACAACUUCGUGAUUGACGGAAAGGACUCUGUGAAGCAGGGCGCCAAGCUGCUGUCCACGCAGAGCGUGCCCGCGGACGUGGCGUGUCAGCAGCUGUGCUGCCAGAACCCGCGCUGCAACCUGGCGCUGCUGGAGCCGCGCGCCUCGGACGCGGAGCAGGCGCGCACCUGCGUCCUGUUCGACUGCGUCCACAAAAACCGCUUCGUGUGUGAGUUCGUGAACCAGGCGGGGUACCAGAGCUUCAUCAGACUGACCGAGUUCCACACCUACCUGAAGGAACCAGGUAAGAAGGCUCCGCCCAUCGCCAACGCAGGGCGUGAUGUCGUCAUCCAGCCAGGAGAGGAGGUGACGCUCAACGGCAUCGAGAGUCUGGCGCUGCACGGCUCGCACAUCGUCAGCUACAGCUGGACUAUGGAGAGUGGAGACCCUGCCGUCCAGAUACAGAACACGGAUCUACCUGACCAGGUGAAGCUCUCCAAACUGCAGAAAGGUUUGUUCAUCUUCCAGCUCAAGGUCACCGACACCGACGGACAGUCAGCCGACGACCGGGUCAGGGUCCUGGUCCUCAGCCCCGAGCAGUCCAGCUUGUACUGCCAGGCUCCGGCGAAGGUGGGCCCGUGUCGCGCGUCCUUCACCCGCUGGCGCUACAACGCCAAGGCGGGCGGCUGCGAGACGUUCGUGUUCGGAGGCUGCACGCCCAACGAGAACAACUACCUGUCUGAAGACGAGUGUUUGUCCGCCUGCAGAGGAGUCACAGAGUCGUCAGAGAGGAGCGUCCCUCAGCCAAAGGUGUGCGGCGUGGCGUGCAGCCCUGACCAGCUGACCUGCGACAGUAACUGCUGUCUGGACCGGGGUCUGGAGUGCGAUGGCGUGAGCCAGUGCAGCGACGGUUCUGACGAGGACAAAUGCAGCAAACUGAACGAGACCUUCAGCGGCCUGCUGAGGAUCAACGUGAAGGAGAGCGCAGUACGGUGCACGGAGCCCCCCCGCACCGGUCCGUGUCGGGCGAGCUUCCCCCGGUGGUACUACGACCCCGUGGACAGGAAGUGCUACCACUUCACAUACGGCGGCUGCGAUGCGAACGGGAACAACUUCGAGGAGGACGAGGAAUGCAUGCAGAUGUGCAAAGGAGUGACCGAAAAGAACCUGUUCUCCAGAGGGAUGUUCGGCCGUUCCAGGGCAGAAGAACAGGAUGGAGGGGAUUCAGGCUCCAUCGCUCUGGCUGUGCUCUUGUCGGUGGCCAUCUUGGCUCUGCUGGCCAUCCUGGGCUACUGCUUCCUGCGCUCCCGCAAGAACCGCAACCGUGGGGCGGCCGCGUCGAGUCCGGGUCGAGUGGAGCUGUCGGAGCAGGACACGCUGGUGUACAACAGCACCACCAAACCUCUGUGAUGUCAUUUCCUCCAUGCUGGAUCUCAGCCUGCCGGUCGUUUCUGUGCUUUUAUUCUGUAAAUAUUUCAGGUUUUCUUGUUCAUCCGCCUUCAUUUUUCAUGAUUUUACCUCAGUAGUGUUCAGGCGUUAUUAUUUACAGUGAAAAGUUAUUAGAAUAAACAAGUCUGACUUUUUAACGACCAAACAAACGGAGAGAUCAGCAGUUUAGCUUCAGAAUGAACUUUUGAAAUGAAACCAGUUCCCAUCAGCCUGACUUUAGUGGAUCAGCUGCAGGACGGGUGGGCAGCGUUUUCUCAGGUCUGUCCUGUUUUUUAUUGUUUCCUGUUGAAUCUAUUUAUGAAUCAGUGUUUGGGUCUCAGGUUUAUUCAGAUUGAAAGCACUUUGUGUCUGUAAAUAUGAAGUCAAGUGUUUUAUCGACCUCUGCUGGUUCAUUUUUAAUGUUUGCUAAUAAAUCUAGACGGAAACUCAACGUCUGUGUCCAGCUUUGAAUUUCUGACUGAAUUAACUUUUAAUUGGAAAACUUUACAUCUAAUGAAAACAACCACAAAGCUUCACUAAAAUUAAUCAAGUUCCAUCAGCAGCAAGUAAUAAAUGACA